GCCAAAAGGUGAUCAUCCUCUUCCACAAAGGGUGAUGAUCCUAAGUUGAAAACUAAAACCACUGUGUAAGUGAAAAACAAUGUACUUACAGGAAAACUUAGUGGAGUUUUCCAUACCUGGCUCCAUUUCAAGGUCAUGUUCAUUUUUCAUUAGUUUAUCUUAUCCCAUAUCAGUAUUAUACAAUUUGUGGACUCAAUUAUAGUUAACCUAUAAAAAUAAUAAAGGUAAGAGAGGAAAGAAUGGGGAAAUAAUUAAAAUAUAUACAGAGAAAAGAAGGAAAUAUGAGUAGGCGCUAUACUUCUUGUAUUUUUACAGCUGUUUUAAUGCCAGAGUUGGCACUUAAGACUUUCCUUCUUCAUGUUCUCAUUCCUUCAGAUAGCACCACAACUCUUUAAGGUCCCAAAUCUUCAUCAUAAGGAAUCCAAAAGCAACAUGAUUGUAUCUGCAUAGGGUUACUGUUAACUUUUUUAACAGAAAGCUUCUGUUAACUUUUGUUUUCUAUGGGAAAUUUCAAAUAUAUACAAGAUUGGAGAAUAGUAUAAUGACCUGCGUAUCAGUCAUCCAGCUUCACCAACCAUCAUAACCAAUAUUGUUUCAUCUCUACCUCCUACCCAUCCACCUUCAUAAUUAUUUUGAAGUAAAUCUUGAACAAUGUGUAGUUUCAUCCAUAAUUAUUUAUAUCUAAAAGACUUUAUAAGGAUAACUACAGUACCAUUAUCUUACAUACACAAAAAUUCUCUAUAUUAAAUAUCCAGUCUGUGUUCAAAUUUCCCUCUUUGUCUCAUAAAUCUCUCUUAACAGACAGUUUGUUUGAGUUGAGCCAAGAUUAAUUAACAGCCAGUUUGUUUGAGUUGAGCCAAGAUAAACCUCUCUUAACAGCCAUUUGAACGAAGAUUCAGUUAGGUAACACACUGCGUUGGCCACUGAUUCAGAGCAUACUACAUCCUUCAGGACAGCAUACCACCCUCACAAGGUGGUGUAUUGUAGCUGACGUCAUAACUGAGUCUUCAACAUGUUGUGUUUUUAUGGAAGAUGGGUUACAUAAGAUGUGAAUUUCAUGGGCCUCUACCAGUUGCAUUCUUUGGUCAGAGAGUAAGUUCCUUGAUAAAAAGCAAUAUUGUGUGGAAUACUAUAGAGGUGUGUGAAGCAUUCAACAAUUCUAAGAAUAGUAGUGCUAAUAGAAUGAGACUUGGGAAAAGCAAAUCCAAAACCAAAACAGCCGUUUCUUCCAGUAAGACCAAAUCACUGCCCCAUCCAAAAUGAAAGAAGUCCAGUAUAGUUUGGCUGAUCCUUUCAGGCUAUAUAUAGUACAGAAACAGAGUAUCUCCCACAUUGUGACCCUUAGUAGGGGGCACACCUCUACAUCACACUGUAGGAGCCUGAAUCUAGAGAUGCCUGGAUGUUCUUUCUCACCUUCUUCUACACAGCUAAGACACAAGCAUGUGAUCUCAGUUUGACCAUUCAUAUCAUCCUACCUGAGACUACUACUUGUUCUUAAUACAACACCAGUUUUGAAACUCACAUACGUCAGUUAUCUGUAAAUUUUGAUGGUUGUUUUGUAGAUAUCAUCCUGAUGUUCACAAAUACAGUGUGGAAACUGUACAGUGGUAUCCUCAUGACACUGGCAUGUUCACAUCAAGCUCAUUUGAUAAAACUCUGAAAGUAUGGGAUACAAAUACAUUACAAACUGCAGAUGUAUUUAAUUUUGAGGAAACAGUUUACAGUCAUCAUAUGUCUCCAGUCUCCACCAAGCACUGUUUGGUAGCAGUUGGUACUAGAGGACCCAAAGUACAACUUUGUGACUUGAAGUCUGGAUCCUGUUCUCACAUUCUACAGGGUCAUAGACAAGAAAUACUGGCAGUUUCCUGGUCUCCACGUUAUGACUAUAUCUUGGCAACUGCAAGUGCUGACAGUAGAGUAAAAUUGUGGGAUGUGAGAAGAGCAUCAGGAUGUUUAAUUACUCUUGAUCAGCAUAAUGGAGAAAAGUCACAAGCUGUAGAAUCAGCAAACACUGCUCAUAAUGGGAAAGUUAAUGGCUUAUGUUUUACGAGUGAUGGGCUUCACCUUCUCACUGUUGGUACAGAUAAUCGAAUGAGACUCUGGAAUAGUUCCAAUGGAGAAAACACACUUGUGAACUAUGGAAAAGUUUGUAAUAACAGUAAAAAAGGAUUGAAAUUCACUGUCUCCUGUGGCUGCAGUUCAGAAUUUGUUUUUGUACCAUAUGGUAGCACCAUUGCUGUUUAUACAGUUUACUCAGGAGAACGGAUAACUAUGCUUAAGGGACAUUAUAAAAGUGUAGACUGCUGUGUAUUUCAGUCAAAUUUCCAGGAACUUUAUAGUGGCAGCAGAGACUGCAACAUUCUGGCAUGGGUUCCAUCCUUAUAUGAACCAGUUCCUGAUGAUGAUGAGACUACAACAAAAUCACAAUUAAAUCCAGCCUUUGAAGAUGCCUGGAGCAGCAGUGAUGAAGAAGGAUGAAUAUCAACCUUUAGUACCUUUGUGUCUCUGCUGAAACUUUUUAAAUGAGACCAUAUGUGUUUUUUUCCAACUGUACGGUCUAUUCCUGACAGCUGAAUUAGCCCUAAAUGUGGGUAAUUUGUUUCCUCAUGUUUUAAAAUGAGGUUAAUAUUUGCAUAAAAUCCUAAAACAAACUUCUGUAUCAUUUAUUUAAUCAAAAUGUGUUCCUUGAAAGCAGUUGCUGUGGCCUGGGGAAGCCCCCAUUGCUACAGUACAAGUACACAGUCAUUGUACCUCAGCUGUGACUUUCAGCAGAUUUUAUGAACUAUAAGAUGCAGUUUCAGAGGAUCACCAAGUGGAGGCCAUCAGCAUUGACCAUCUCCUACUUGCUGUACUAUCGGCCUGCUCAUUUCCACCUUCAAGAAUGAUUUUGCCAAGAAUUAGUAUAUCAAAAAUAGUAGUUGAAAUGGUAACAUCAAAAUUAUUUUAUUCUUCAUCUAUUCACAUUUUGCAGUGAUUUCAUUUAAUUAACCAUUCUUUAGCUUUAUGUUAAACAUUUUUGGGCUCAAUAUCUCCUACAAUCCAAAAAGUUUAUCACUGGAGGAUUUUUAACUUUGUGAAAAUCCCUUGUUUGCUUUAUUUUAAUGUCAGAAGGCAGUUGGCACUCAUGCUUGAACUCUCUUCCUAUGAAACUCAUUAAGACAUGACCAAAUCCUGCCUCAUUCAUUCAAGCAGAAAAUAUCCUUGAAGGGAAUCUGGCUUAAACAUGAAAUGUUGUAAGAAAAUUCCUGUUACUGUC